AUGGGAAGAGGGAGGGUUGAGCUGAAGAGGAUAGAGAACAAAAUCAACCGCCAAGUUACUUUCUCAAAAAGAAGGAACGGUUUGCUCAAGAAAGCCUAUGAGCUCUCAGUUCUCUGUGAUGCUGAGGUUGCUCUCAUCAUUUUCUCAAGCAGAGGGAAGCUCUAUGAAUUUGGAAAUGUUGGCAUUACCAAAACUAUUGACCGAUACCAACGUUGCUCGUUUACUCCUCAAGAUGAACAACAUGUUGAAUGUGAAACUCAGAGCUGGUACCAAGAGGUGUCAAAGCUGAAGGCAAAGUACGAGUCUCUGCAAAGGACCCAGAGGCAUUUGCUUGGAGAAGAUCUUGGACCAUUGAACAUAAAGGAGUUGCAGAAUCUUGAGAAACAGCUUGAAGGGGCAUUAGCACAAGCCAGACAAAGGAAGACACAAAUCAUGAUUGAACAAAUGGAAGAGCUUCGCAGAAGGGAGCGCCAUCUUGGAGAUAUGAACAAGCAGCUCAGACUGAAGCUUGAAUCAGAAGGGUUUAAUCUUAAAGCUAUGGAAAGCUUGUGGAGCUCUACUUCAGCUGCUGGAAAUAGUGGGUUUCCCUUUCAACCUCCUCAAACCAACCCUUUGGAUUACCAGACUGAACCCUUUUUGCAAAUAGGGUACCAACAAUAUGUUCAAGCUGAGGCAUCUAAUGUUCCAAAGAGCAUGGCUUGUGAGACUAACUUCAUGCAGGGAUGGAUCCUUUGAUGAAUAAUGUUAUUGAAUUAAGUAUAUGAUUUAUGUUAUAAUAUUAUUGUCUAUAUAUGCAAGGAUUUAUCUUUGUGUUUUGGCUGUUGUUAAAUGUUCUUUGUGUUUCAGACUUGUUUAGUGUUUUCUGUAAUUGGAUACCAUAUGUUAAAGCAAUGCUUUUCUUUCUAA